AUGUCAUUAGGAGCUGGUGUCUUGUGUAGAAUAGUUUUGAACAGAAGGAAAGAGGAAUCCCAAGACACGGUCCACACCAGUGUCCUACCUGACCACAAGGAACCAAGAGCAGAUGUUGGGCGAAGCUUCCUGGGCUGUGCAACUUUUAGAGUGGGUGAUCUGGUAAAGUCAAAGGAGCAGCAGUUGACCCUCACCCUCAGGACAUCUGAUGGUGGAAAGACAGUUGGUACCAUUGAAGUCAAUCUUAUGAAGAUGGGAGAGCUGGAUGAGGGGGAAACAGACCACAUCACAGCAGAUGCUCAGGAUCAAAAGUGUGCAUUGGUUCGUGAGUGUACAGCCACUGAGGGCAUAAGUGGGAAGGACAACCUGCCUUCCUUAAAUGCAGUGUUGAGAAACCCUGUUUGUAAGUUGUAUAGAUUCCCUACUUCUGACAACAAGUGGAUGCGGAUCCGGGAGCAGAUGGCUGAGACCACCCUCUCCUUCCACGUUCCUAAAGAACUAAUAAAUCUGCACAUAAAGGAGGACAUGAGAAGGAAUCAGGAGCUUAAAGACCUGGGAGAGCUUGCUCCUCACUGGGACAACAUGCGCAAAAGUGUAAUUGCUCACUGUGAUCAGUUGCUGAGCAUGUACCAGGACACUCUGGCAGAGCUUGGGAAGCAUACAGGUUCUUCCUUUAAAUCAAGCUGUAGCAAAGGAGAAAAAACACUAGAAUUCAUCCCAAUAAAUCUUCAUCUGCAAAGAAUGCAUGUGCAUAGUCCUCGAUUGAAAGAUGCUCUGUAUGAUGUUAUCACUGUGGGAGCCCCAGAAGCACAUUUCCAAGGAUUUAAGAAUGGUGGUCUCCGGAAACUGCUGAGUAAAUUUGAGGCUGAAAGACGAAACACUGGAUACCAGUGUAUUUACUAUUCACCUGAAAACACAGCCAAGGCAAAAGAAGUUCUCAGCAACAUCAGUCAUCUGCAGCCUCUCAUAUCAAGCCAUGCAGACCUGCUGCUCAGUUCUGCAAGCCAGCGUUCUCCAGACAGCUUGAAGAACUCUUUAAAGAUGCUUUCAGAAAAAACGGAGUUAUUUGUGCACACGUUCAAGGACCAGCUGGUGAGAAGUGCCCUUCUAGCGCUGUACACGGCCCGGCCUGGCUGUGUGCUCAAGAAACCAGCUGUGCCCAGGAGCAGUGCAGAGGAAGGGGCUGAUGCACAGCACCAGGACCAUCCUGCUCACGUCAAAAGGCAGGACUCCAUACCCCAUCAUUCUGAGUAUGAUGAGGAGGAGUGGGACAGGGUCUGGGCCAACGUGGCAAAGAGUUUGAACUGCCUUAUUGCCAUGGUGGACAGGCUGCUUGAAAAGGACAACAUCAGCAACAUCAAAGAGGGUGAAAAUGAGCCUUCAGCAGAAGAUUGCAAGGUGUUGCAUACAGGCGGUGACUGGUACGAGCAGCUGUACCCGCUGGUGGUCACGCUGAAGGACUGCAUGGCAGAGGUGGUGACCAGGGCCAAGCAGUCCAUGGCCUUUGUCCUGCUCCAGGAACUUGCCUGUGGCUUGCCCCAGUGCCUGAUGCUGACCCUGAGGAGAGACAUCGUCUUCAGCCAAGCACUCGCUGGAUUGGUCUGUGGUUUUGCAAUCAAAUUGCACACAGGUUUACAUGAUCAAGGAUUUUUACAACAGCUUCACACUGUUGGAUUGCUGGUGCAGUAUGAAGGACUCCUUAGCACAUACAGUGAAGAAGCAGGGAUGCUCGAAGACAUGGCUGUGGGCAUUUCAGAUUUGCAGAAAGUAAUGUUUAGAGUAAUUGAAGCCAAGUCAGAAGAUUUUUUGCCUAUUAUAAGUGGAAGGCGUGAACAUUACAUUAUAGAGGUCCAGCUCCCAGCAAAGAUGUUUGAGCUGCUGCCACAAGAGAUUAAAGAGGGAAAGCUGCUUCGCAUGUAUCCAGUGCUCUUUAAUGUUGGAAUCAAUGAGCAGCAAACACUGGCAGAGAGGUUUGGAGAUACCACUUUGCAGGAAAACAUUAACCAGGAAAACUUAGAGCUUCUCAAAGAAUAUUACAAGUUAUUUACAGAAAAAAUGCCUCCUGAUUGUUUACCACAUUUUCAAGAACAAAAUGAUUUAAAGGGAUUGCUAGAAAGUCUUCAUCAAAAUAUCCAGGCCAAAAAGAGAAAGAAUGUAGAAAUCAUGUGGCUGGCUGCAACGAUUUGCCGCAAGCUGAACGGAGUGCGCUUCACCUGCUGCAAGAGUGCCAAAGACAGGACAUCCAUGUCAGUGACGCUGGAGCAGUGCUCCAUCCUGAGGGACGAGCACCAGCUGCACAAAGACUUCUUCAUCCGGGCGCUGGAUUGCAUGAGGAGAGAAGGAUGCCGCAUAGAGAAUGUUCUGAAGAAUGUCAAAUGCAGAAAGUAUGCAUUCAACAUGAUACAGCUGAUGGCUUUCCCAAAGUACUACAGACCUCCAGAGGGGACAUAUGGAAAAGCUGACACCUAAGUUUAACAAAAGUGUAAUCAGGAGCAUGUAUCAUGCUAAUUAGUGAAUAUAACAACUGCUGUUUAUGACAUAUGAAUUGGGAAUGUAUGACCA